GCAGAUAACUUCAGUUCAAAAGCUCACUCAAUAAGGAACACAUCUCAGAGAACUAACAGUAUGGUGCAAUACGAAACAACAGUAGAUCUGGAAGCCGGCGCAGGGGGAGUUUAUCAGACAACAGUGGUACCCUUACCGCUGAAGUCCUCCAGAAGCUGGAUAUGGAAGACAGUUGCUGCUGUCGCUUUUCUCGCCCUCUGUGCAGUGGCGGCUGUUUUCUUCGCCUGGCAUUUAACGGACCAAAAAGAAAUUAAAUUUUUUUCGGAGAAACAAAUCAGCCCACAAUCAGAGCAAGAAAGAAUGCUGAAGCAGAUUGCGGAGAAAACAAAAGCAGCCAUUCAUUUACAUGGUGAGCAUAACAGCAACCCGAAAUCAGAUUCUCUGAAGUGGGUAAGCGGCGUGGAUCAGUCGUUUGAACAGGGCGGCCUCAAGCUGGACAACAAUGAGAUUCACAUUCCCGCCGACGGCCUUUACUUUGUAUACAGCCAAGUGUCCUAUGCCAUACAGUGCAAAUUGGACGAAAACAAUGAAGACGAUGAUGCUAUGAAAUUCCUGAGCCACAGCAUCUGGCGUUAUACGGAUGCGGUGGAACAGUGGAAGCCUCUGCAGAAUUCGGCCCACUCUGUAUGCCAGUCAAAAGAUGAUGGGAAGACCACGUACAGCACCAUCUACCUGGGUGCCGUCUUUAAGCUCAUGGAGGGCGACAAGCUGGCGACCAAAACCAGCCGCAUGACCGACGUCGAAGAAGAUUAUGCCAAAACUUUCUUUGGAGUGUUUGCCCUGUAAUUUGUUAGCCACAUGAGUUGUGUGGCACGGUAUGAAGACAAGUGUUUUACGUUAAAACUUCCAAAGUAUGUUCUCAGGGCAUUCGCUUUAAAGUAGUUUGACUAAUGCUGAGUCCUUAUUGCAUUGUAACAUAAUGUUUUGGUUCUAAAAAACAUCAGAUGCAGUGAGAGCCGUGCACUGUGUACUAUGUACUCAGUCAUGAGCGCUAUACCAAGGGCACUACAACUCCUAUAAUUAUUUUAAGCUAAUAUGAUGUUUAUUAUCUUACGUGUUUCGUUGUAGAAAUAAUAAGGAAUUUAAAGGUUCGAAAAAACAAUGGUAUUUGUGGUAUAUUGACCUAUUUAUAACUUUUGAGCGUAUUUAAUGUAUUUUAUUUUUUAUGUCCUAUUUAUGUAUUUAUUAACUAUUAUAUAUGCUAUAAUGUAUCAAAAUGAAUGUACUGAAAUUGUGUUUGACACUCAUCCUGUGAUUCUGACAUUUUAAUUUGGAAUAAAUGU